AUCACUUGGUAUGCAGUUGAAACCAGUGCAAAAUUGUUAUCUUUCCAUUAACAUGGUUUUGUUGUCAUUUUAAGCUUGCAUAGCUCCUAAAUUGAACAAAAAAAAAAAGAAAUAAUAUCUAUAAAUUUAUUAUUAAUUUUAGAAGUAUAUAAAUAUGUCAAUGAAACAAGCUGGUCAGCGUUUAUAUUACAUACCAAAAAUAACGCGAUGGUCAAAAGGAAUUGGUGCUGAAUUACCGGCAGAAUAUAAAAAGUUCUGGAAAGAGUGGAAAUUACAACAACCGGCUGCUGUUCAUUACAUUAAAGAAGAAGGUACUUACAUAAGAAAUGAAGAGACAGAAGAAGUACGUCCAGUUCAAAAUGUACCACUACGAUUGCAUUUUCCUAAAGAAUUUCAUGAGGGUUUAUGGGGUGGUGAAGCUGUUGUCCAAGGUUUCAAAAAAAAACAUAGAUAUGCUCGCAGAGCUCCUCACUUUUGGUUUCCUACCCUUAGAAAGUCUGUAGUUUAUAGCGAAAUUUUGGAUAAACAUAUGAAUGCAGUUGUUACCAAUAGAACUAUUAAUUUAAUUCAUGAACAUUAUGGUUUUGACCACUAUCUAUUGAAGACUCCUGCUUGUGAUUUGAAAUCUGAGCUUGCACUUAAAUUAAAACGUGAAAUACUUAUAGCAUUGGCUGAUAAAACUUUAUAUCCAAAUGAUCCUGUUAAAAAGGAAGAAAUUUAUAAUAAAUACAAGGAAUAUUUAACAGCAUACACGCGAGAGGAAAUUGAAUGGUAUGGUUUAACAUUUACAGAAGCUUGUAAAAAGUGGACGAAACUAAAUGAACAAAUGCAACAAAUACAACCUUUAAAACUCAAAUAUAGGUCUGAAUUGAUUGCAAAACUUAAAGAAGAAGAAGUUAAAAAAGCUGAAGAACAAUUAGAGAAAUCUUCGAUAAGUUGGAACGUAAAAUGGAAUCCUUUUAGCAGUAGAAAAUCUGAGUAAUACAUGUGUAAUGUGGCUGCAUAUAAUAAAUAAAUAGGAUAUAAGACAAA